AUGAAAUAAACAAAGUGCUUAAUAAUUGCUCUUGUUGUUUUUUACUUGCUUGGUUUACUUUUAUUUUUUAGAGGGUAUUUCAUAGAUCGUAGAUACUUAUUGGAUACAACAGAAGGAAUAAUGAAAAAGACUUAACCUGUAAUAUUUUUGAUCAUUGAUUCAUUCCGUAUUGAUUUGGCAGUGAGUCAACAUUUCACAUUUUUCAAAAAUAUGACCUAAAACAAGCCAGAUUAAUCCUUAUUUUUUUUAUCUUUUGCUGAAGUCCCUACAGUUACAGGUCCAAGAUUAUAAGCAAUGACAAGUGGCAAUUUCCCUCCUUUAUCUAAAUUAUUAGAUAAUUUUCAUGCUUCAGAAGUAUUUUAUCUAUUUAUAAAUCUAUUUAAGAUUAAAGAAGACAAUAUAAUGUUUCAGAUGAACAAAUUUAAUAAGAAAACUUUAUUUUCAGGAGAUGAUACUUGGAUUGGAUUAUAUCCUGAUUAAUUUACAGUCAAAUUUCCUCAAAAAUCAUUUAAUAUUGGAGAUAUGCAUUCUGUAGAUCAAUUUAAUUGUGAUAAAAUACUUGAGAAUUUAGAUAAAGGAUAUGAUUUAAUUAUAUCUCAUUUUCUAGGAUUAGAUCAUGCUGGUCAUAAAAAUAAUAGAGUAUUAAAUAAUCCUGAUUUAAAUUAAAAAUUAAGUCAAUUAGAUUCAAUAAUUGGACUUAUAUAUGAGAAAAUGCCAAAUGAUACUGUUUUAAUAGUUGCAGGUGAUCAUGGAAUGGCAAAUGAUGGCAAUCAUGGUGGAAAUAGCACAGAAGAAACUAACACAUUAUUUUUUGCUACUAGGAAAUAAGGAAAGUUUUAUCCCAAUUAUAUGGAAGGUAUUCCAGAAUUAAAAAAUAAUUAUCAAUCAAAUUUAAUCAAUUAAUCUGAAUAUAUUAGAAAAAUCAGUUAAAUUGAUAUUGUCCCUACUUUAGCAACUCUUUUAGGAAUUCCAAUACCUUUUAGUAAUUUAGGAUAUCUUAUGAAUGAAUUUUUUAAUAGUGAAGAAUAUUGUCUUAAUAAUCUUAAAUAAGUAUGGCAUUUUGUUGAAACUGUCCAUAGUCAAUAAGGAAAGUUUAGUUACUUUUAAAAAAGCUAAUGGUAAACUCAAUAUUAAGAAGUUAAGACUUGUAAAGAGGCUUUAAUUCUUAUGAAUGAUAUUUAAGUUGUUGCUAGAAAAAUAUGGAAUGAAUAUGAUAUUCCAUUACUUAAUUUAAGUUUUGUGUUACAAUUCUUAGUUGUUAUCUUUUUUAUUUUUGUUAUGGUUCUAUUAUUUUAAGCUUAAGAAAAUGAUGAUCCUAUAACAAUAUAAUAAAUUACUGCUGCUAUUAAACAUGUUUUAUCAAAGAAUAAAAAAGUAACUAUUGCUUUAGCUAUAUUAUCAAUCUUUUUAUUUUUAUUUUAUGAAAUAGAAAUCCUGAUAACAGUUUUCCUUAUUGUAUUAAUUGCUUAUAUUGAUUUUGGUUUAUUAUUAAAAGUUAAAAAAAAUCACAUUUAAAAUCUAAAUUAAUAUUAAUGGGAUUUAAUAGAAACACCAGAUUCGAUAAAAUUCAAUAAUCGUUUCUCAAAAUUACUUAAAAUGUCAGUGUUUUUCUUUUUUAUUUAUAAAAUAAUCCUUCAAGGUAAUUUAUUAUUAUCAAUUCAACAAAAAAAAACUGAAGAAAGAUAUUUAUAUAAUGAAAUUAUUCAAUUAAUAGUUUUAAGCUCAAUAAUUUGCAUAUUCAAUUUCAUUUCAAGAAUAAUUGACACUUAAGAGGAUGCUUCAACAUUAUUGAAAAUAAAAGAUAUCAUAAUCUCAUGUUUAAGUGCCAUUAUUAUUUACUAUGCUUUAAAUUACGAAUAAUAUUAUUUAACAUUCUAAAUCUAUUAAUUUUUAAAUUAAUCGCUUUUUAUGCUAUACUUACCUGUAAUAUUUUUACAUUGUUGUUUAUUUAUGUAUCAUAAAAAGAGCCCAAUUUUAGAUAAAAUAAUAGCAUAAACAGGUUUAAUUUUAAUUGAUAUUUUUUACAUUUAUCCGAAUGAUUAAAUAUAAGAUUAACCAUAUAAAGAAUUGGUUAUCUUACAUAUACCAAAAAUCAUUUAUAUCAUUUCUAUAUACUAUUAUUUUUCAAAGGAUCCAAUAUUUCUAUUGCUUUCUUGCAUAGUUGUUUCAGACAAGUAUGGGUUAGCCAUAUAUUCAUAUGAAAUAUUAAUAUUUAUCUGUUUAUACUUUCAUUGGAGGAAUUUAUUGAAAUUUUCAAUGUUAUCAUUUUUUGCUAUGAUAUCAUUAAUUUGUCAAAUUACUUGGUUUAUUUUUGGGAAUAGAUGCACAAUAUCAUCAAUUAAAGUAGACAGAGCCUUUGUGGGUGUAAAGGAAUUUCAUUUAUGGUUAAAUCCUUUAAUUUUAACCUUGUUUUUAUUGGGUCCUUAUUUGGCUGGUUUAGUAUUUAUAAAAUAUAUUGGACCAAAAUUAAACAAAUAUGGAGAGAUGAAUGAAAGAUAAGGUAUUUAUAUUAAAUUGAUAGGAAUUUAGUGAAAAAUUCAAAUAUUCUGUUCAAAUUAAUGUUCUUAUUUAAUUUUUAUAUCCAAAUUUAAUUUACUUAAAUUCACAGUUAUGAAAAUGCAGGAGGAUUAAUUGAUGUCCAAUUUAAAUAUAUAUUUGAUAAUGUGACUUUCUUAAUUGUUAGUUUACUGAUGUUGUUGAUUUGA